GUACUUCAGAUCGAAAAUAAUAUUGUAAUGACCGAUUACCGACAUUGCGUCAAAUAUCAUCUUCGCGCGCCACCGUCACCGCUGCGACCUAGUGCCAAGGUCCAGCGAUGAAAAAAGUGAUCACACAAUAAUAUUGUGAUAAUAUUACAGAUUUAUUAUCGGUUUAGAAACGCAGAUUGUACCUACUAUCGCUUUACAGACGGAAUUGUGCAUAAAACAGUGUAUUUUUCUCGGUGCCUUUGCUGGCGGCCUGCAGAUAUCUAGUAGUCGUAGACGCCACACUCCUGCUUUCGGUCCGUCCACACCGCAAUCGCGGGAUUUGUGCCACUUGAGAGUCGGUCGCAGCUCUUAGAUUAGCUAGACGACGUGUAAAUUAUGCAAACAACGCGUCUUUUCAGUCGAUCAUCAAACCUAAAGCCGCAGCGGAUCGCAAUUCUUCGUGCAGAAAUCGCCCACGACUGUCUUGAUAACAGCUGCAAGUGAUUCGAAAUUCGACCGACCAUCGUUAAUAAUUAUUAUUAUAUACUAUCGGUUUUUGUGUAACGCCGAAAAUGCACGAGACAACAAAACCCUAUACGCAGAAUACACAUCAUACAUAUAUAUUAUAAUUUUAUUUCACUGGUGUCGGUUAGCUAACGAAUUGUUUAGUGAAGACGAAUGCAAAUGGCUGAGAAUUAUCUAUAAAAUAUAAGCCAACUCAAACGAUCAUGUCAAGAAAAAACAAAUGCAGAGAGCGAUUAAAAACGAAAAAAUCUACAAGUUCUUUCACCAACAUGUGCCGAUCACCAAGUGGCUUCCAAAAUACAAUAGUGAAAAUGCGAUGGGUGAUAUGAUAUCAGGUAUCACAAUUGGACUCACGAUGAUACCACAAAGCAUUGCAUAUGCAUCGCUGGCUAAUUUAUCACCACAGGUUGGGUUGUAUUCAGCACUGAUGGGAGGGUUCAUAUACAUGACUUUCGGGACCGUUAAACAAGUUUCCAUGGGACCUACUUCUCUAAUGGCUUUACUCACUUACGAGUACACAAAAAAUUUGACUCCGGAAUAUGUGGUGCUUUUGACAUUCAUGUGUGGAAUCGUUGAAAUAUCGAUGGGAUUAUUUAAGCUUGGAUUCUUGGUCGACUUUAUCUCCACUCCGGUGACAUCGGGCUUUACAACUGCUACUUCCAUUAUUGUGGUUAUGUCACAAGUAAAAGGUAUUUUGGGCGUGAGAUUCAAAGGAGAUACAGUUAAAGACAUAUUGGAGAAACUGAUAGAGCACUUCCACGAGAGGAGAAGCGGUGACAUGAUUUUUGGACUAGGCGCUAUUGCUUUAAUUCUAUCUAUGAGGGAAUUACGUAAUGUACCGGCUAAAGGGAAUUUGAAAAAAGUUUUGUGGUUCAUUUCCUUGAGUCGGAACACAUUUGUCGUCUUACUCGCAAUGUUUAUCACGUACUUAUUCGAAUCCAGCGGAACUCCCCUGCCGUAUUUGACCUCAGACACUGCUAAAACUGGAUUGCCGUCACUACAGUUUCCGCCCUUUGGAUACACGUCAGGGAACACGACCGUCACGCUGCCCGAUAUGUUAUACGAGAUCCGGUCUGCCAUAUUCAUCAUACCACUUGUGUCGGUGCUGGCCAACGUGUCCAUUGCUAAAACUUAUGCUAACGGAGGUAUAGUAGAGGCGACGCAGGAGAUGUUGGCUUUGGGCAUGUGCAACAUAGCAGGGUCGUUCAUUAUGUCGAUGCCCACAUGCGGCGCGUUUACUCGGAGCGCCCUAAGCCAAGCUAGCGGUGUUCAAACGACGUUAUCCAACAUAUACGCCACCGCUUUAAUAUUGCUGUCCAUCAUGUUCCUCACGCCUCAUUUUCAUCUCAUCCCAAGAGCUUUACUGUCCUCGAUUUUGAUCAGCGCCGUAUUGUUCAUGGUAGACUAUCAGAUAGUCAAACCUCUUUGGAAGACCAACCGAGCGGAGCUGUUCGUUACAUUGGUCACACUUUUGAUAAGCCUUUUCUUUACCGUUGAAAUCGGUUUACUUGCAGGCAUAUGCGCAAACAUUAUUCAUUUAGCUCUUAUGUGGUCCAGACCUAAACUAAAAAUCGAAUUGAUCAAAUCCAAAGGAGUGGAGUUCGUAUUGAUAACGCCAAACAACGGACUGUAUUUUCCCGCGAUAGAUUAUUUGUAUAGGGAAAUCAUGCGAAUCCCAAAACAGGAAGGCUACGCAAAAAUACCAUUGGUUAUAAACUGCGCGCACUUAAAGGGACUGGACUACACUGCCGCCAAGGGGCUGAGCCUAAUAUCUUCAGAAAUCCAGGCCAAAGACCAACGUUUUGUCGUCCUGAGCGCGUCGGAAAAAAUGCGAUACGUUUUUCGGAAGUCUGGCUGCAAGUCGAUGGUGUUCUGUAACUCGCUCGACGCACUACCCGCCACAAUUCUAGGUGACCAUUGCAAAGAAAAAUGUGUACUGAAUAGCUCAUCGACGAAGCGUAAUGAUACUGUGGUCGUGGACGUUCCGAUCACGCUGGCCGAGGGGACUCCUCUGUUGAACGUCAAGACCCCGAACGGUAACGACACCAGAGUUGACCUUUAGCAGAGAUAGAAGCAGUGAUUUUAAUUGACUAGGUUAGUAAACUCGAAAUUCGAAUUGCCUCAAAUUUAACCCUAUUGAAUUGUCUUCCGUACAUUUUAUUUUUAAAAGGUAACUCGAUUUGCCUCCUAUUUUAGGUAGUUGUCUGUACUUCAUUUACUGUAAUCGCAUCUGAUAGAUAAGCUAAUCGAUUUAUAAUUUGAAUGUUAGUUGGUUGAAUCUCAAACAUUGAGUUUUUUUUUUAAUCAAAAACAUUAAUAAAUGCACAUAUGGCGGUUUUAAUGUUAAUCCAGAAGUAUUUGAGUCUGCCCUCUUAUUAAAAUAUGAAAAAUUAAUAAAUUGAAUGAUAAGUGAAUAUACAUGUGUGAUGGUAUAGUAAUAAUAAUUCAAUAGAUCUAUGCCCAUAAUAAUACGGAAAUGUUUGCAUGGAUUUAAUAAUAUUGAAUAAUUGGCUGAAAUCAAUACCACGGUUAAUAAUCAGUUAUAAGAAAGUAAUAUUUUAAUACAAAUACGUUAACGCACAAUAAUAUCUGGUAAUAAAACUGAAGAUAAUAGUAAAUAAUUAUGUAUUUGACGAAUAAUAUUAGAUAAAAAUGUGUAGGUACCUAUGCCAUGGGAGGAAAUUCGAGUGAAAAACGGUCAUCUAUUUAGACUUACUUAGAUUUGGGAGUUAAUUCGUGUGCGACUCUGUGUCCUAUACAUCUAUUAUUAUUACAUUAAUUUAUAUAAUAUUUUAUGUAAAGUGUUUUGUUAAUAAUAAUAUUUAUUUACUACAAUAUUUAAUAUAAAGAUAAUUAUAUUGUAUUCCGUUUGACUGUACAUACAUUACUUGUAAAUAAAAAUAUGAUUAAUAUUUAAUAUGUUAUAAUGUUAAUAUGUGUAACGGAUUUGUCGUUAAUUAUAUUGCGCUUCGGCGGUUAUUGUUAUUAUGUACCUAUUACUGACAUAUUUCAUUGUUCCAUCUUUGUGACUACUGCUGUGAAAAAUGUUAUCGUACGGACUUUUUUGUAUUGAAUUAUAAUAAAAUAUACCUAUACAAUGUACAGUAUAUCAACCCUUGUAGUUGUCGAAAAUAUUUGGAGUUAAAUAAUAAUAAAAAUAAUUUUAAUAGCUUCACAACCGUUCAGUCAUUAAUCAUUAGUUCUUUAGUUAUGAGUUAGGAGUUAUAAUUAUAUUACUCAUUAAUAUUAUUGUUAUUUGUAAUUAAUAUUUAGAAUAUUAAGUAUUUACAUUGGCAUUUGUAUUUGUAUUUGCAUUAACAGUAGCAUUAAUUGUAUUUGUAUUUUUGCAUUAGCAGUAGCAUUUGUUUUUUUAAUUAAGAUCUAUAUUAAAACAACAAAAAAUUAAA